CAAAAAUAGACCUCAGUGCCUACAGUGCGCUCGAGCCGAGUGAACAAACUACAGCCUCUUCCAACACACUUCACAAUGGUUAUUAAAGUGUUUCUGGCCUCUUCCUCAGGAUCAACAGCGAUCAAAAAAAAGCAGCAGGAUGUGCUUGGGUUUCUGGAAGCUCUCAAAAUUGAAUAUGCACAGCUUGACAUUGCUUCAAAUGAAGAAAAUCGCAUGUGGAUGAGGGAAAAUGUACCAGGCGAAAAGAAGCCAUCUAAUGGAAUCCCACUUCCACCUCAGAUCUUCAAUGAGAGCAACUACUGUGGGGACUAUGACACUUUCUUUGAUGCCAAAGAGGACAACUCAGUUUAUGAAUUCCUGGGUUUGACCCCUCCAUCUGGCUUUAAGGAAGAAGCAAUCUCAGAACAGGUGCAGAAUGAAAAUACAUCUGAGGUGAAUUCACCAGAGGUGGAAGGAGGAGAAGAGAUAAAUAAAGAAGUCAUAGAACAGGUGGCACAAGACGAGCUUUCAGAAGAGCCUAAAGAGAAAGAGGAGAUCAAAGAGGAAGAAGAAGAGGCAGAAGAAGAAGAAGAAGAAGAAGAAGUGAAGGCAAAAGAAGCUGAUGAUGAAGAAGAAGACAAACAAAAAGAAGAAGAGGAAGCAGAAGUAAUACAAGACAGUAAAAUACAGCAUGCAGAGGAAGAAGAACAGGAAGGUGAAGUAGAAGAAGAAUAUGAACAGGAAGAAGAGGACUUAAUGUCUGAGGAGGAGGAAGAACUUCGACAGCUUGAGGAAGAAGAAGAGGUGCAAGCAUCAGAGGAGGAAGAGGAUGAGGACUGAGGAUGGGACACAGAGGAUUAUCAGGUUAAUUAUGUUUUGCAUGUAUUGACUCCCACCCAACGUGACAGCCUCUGCUUGAAGACCAUGAAGAUGUUUGACGCAGAACAUUUUCCACACAAAAGGUCAUGGAGUGCGUGCUCACACAGCCACUUUCUGGAACUUAGACAUGAAAACCACCACAACCAAACUUGAAUGAAACUGCUGUUUUCCUUCCUUUUUAGCUACCUUUAGGUUUUUUUUUAUGACGAAUUCUAAAGGAGGGAGAUUUUGUAAUAUUUAAAGCUAAUGGUUCAGCAUAUGCGCUGUGACAUUGUGCUUUUUUUGUGUGCCAUAUCGCACAUUAAGAAGAGUUUAAUACUGUUUUUGAAGAUAGCACUGAUUGUCCUGCAGUCUAUUGUAGUUGUAGGUGCACUAUAACCAGUAGUGUUGAAAUGCAACCUUGUGGGCCGACAGGGUGAAGGCUGGAAGUAUACUGCUAUUUAGAAUCAUUGCUUGUAGUUGUGGUGAUCAUGUAGUUGUGUAUGAAAUCAUUAUAGUAUCCCUUUUUAAAGACAUUAUUAAUAAGAGCGUUGAUAAUGUUUCAUUUUUUUUCCUUAUUGCAAUUCAUUAGGUUAAUAUAAUUUUUGUCAUAUUAUUAUU